AUGAGGAACACUGUGCAUCGUCAUGAGCCUCCAGUAACUGCACAGCCUCUCCGUAUUAUAGCUGAAAAUGAUGAGCUUAUAGCAGUGGAUAAGCCAUCGUCCCUUCCAGUGCAUCCUUGUGGCCGCUUUAGACACAACACUGUCAUUUUUAUUUUGGGGAAGGAGCACAAUCUGAAGGACCUUCACACCAUCCACCGCCUGGAUCGUAUGACCUCGGGUGUGCUUAUGUUUGCCAAAAACUCUUGAAGUGUCUAAGAAAAUGGAUGAGCUAGUGCGAGGGAGACAGGUGGAGAAGCAGUAUGUAUGCAGAGUGAUUGGUGAAUUUCCUGAAGAGCCGAUCACUUGUGAAGAGCCAAUACUGGUUGUUUCUUAUAAGAUUGGUGUAUGCCGUGUAGAUCCUAAAGGAAAACCUUCCAAAACUGUCUUUCAACGACUCAGUUACAAUGGCAAGUCUAGUGCAGUAAAGUGUUUCCCUUACACUGGUCGUACUCAUCAAAUUAGAGUCCACCUGCAGUAUUUGGGGUACCCUAUUGUUAAUGAUCCAGUCUACAAUACUGAAGCCUGGGGUCCCAGCAAGGGGAAGGGAGGUGACAUCAACAAAUCAAAUGAGGAGCUGCUACAUUCUUUAAUAGAAGAGCAUGCAGCAAAACAGAGCCUGGAUAUUCUGGAUCUGUCAGAAGAAGAUCUUCAUCUAUCUAUGAAAAAAAAGGACAGUGAGGAAUAUGAACAAUGCCUUCAGCCGAUUUUAAGUGAUCCCUUAUCUUCUGAGGGAGAUCAGUUGGGUACCAAAACAGACAAAAACACAGAAGCUAGUGUUACUAUGACAGGUGAUGUGCUGACAAAGAAUUCAGAGCAAGACACUGAUGGAAAUGACAGUAGUAGUGUUGCAGAGGAAAACAGACGAGAUUUAAUAGACCCGCUGUGUGGAGAGUGUAAGAUUGUAAGGCUUGACCCAUCUCCAAAAGAUCUUGUGAUGUAUCUGCAUGCUCUGCGUUACAAGGGAGAAGAUUUUGACUUUUCCACCGAAUUACCAGAAUGGGCAAAGGAUGACUGGAUGGAAGAUUGA